CGGAGCGAGUGAGAGUGGGAAAGAGGCGAGAGAGCGCAGCACAGCCAGAGAGCAGAACAGUAGUCUCUCUACUCCGGCCUGGAUCCUUACACACUUCUCAUUGAGACCAGUCCCGGGAAACAGACCCUGAGGACUUAACUACACCAUCUUGCCCGUCACACACAGCCAGAGACCGACUCAGCAGCUUCUGGUCCUUUCCUCUCUCUAUCUCUUCCUCCGUCACUCUACCUGGGAGAGAGUGUUCCACCUGGCUAUCUAUGCUGACAGUGCUGUGAGGUAGAGCACGGACACACGGCUACCUCAGAGGACAAGGACGACGAUUGAGGGAGGAAAAAUAAACAGAAGGAUGAUGACGUCGUCCCCUGAUUUGUCCCCCUCUCCGACUCUAUGAUAGAAAGAGAGAGAGAGAACGCACCAAAUGCCACACAGGUGGCGGCCCAGUGUUCUAAUAUAUUCUCCUCUCUCUCCAAAGUAGCUAAUGACCUUCCUCCCAGCCUGGUCUGAAUUUGUACAAGGUGCCACAGCACUGAGGUGAUCCUGCCUCACUCCAGUGGAAUUACAAGUUGUGAGGAGAAGGAAAAGGCCAUUGACCUUUGCUCCGCUCUCUGGAAGGUGAUGGAGGGUUGUUUUACGUACAGAAGGAAAAGGGGAGGACAGUUGAGUAUCAGCCAGGCACUGCUCUGUUAAGAUCCAAGGAGGACUACAGAUCAAAUAACAAAGAACAACGAGCAGCUGCCUAAAAGAAACCAUUCAUUUAGUAAAACACGUGGAUGGACGCUACAAUGCACAUCCUCUCCCUACCCACUGCGGACGACCAGUGAAUGUGUUUCUGCGUUUAAUGAAUCCUCAGUGCUUCUCCCUAACCGGAAUACAGUGUUUUUAUUGGAUGUACGAGAGCACAGACCAGUCCUCUGUGAUCCAUCACUGUUGUUUGCAGCCUCUGGGGGUAAAACAAAAACCGAGAAAUGUUUUGAAGGUGGACUGCUUUUUCUCUCAUGGUGGAGCUGAAUUUGAAAUAGAAAAGGAAGGAUUCAAGAAACACAGUUUCAGCUUUGCUCCAACUGCACUCAUCGGCACCAUAAUCUCCCCGUUAUUUGGAACAAAAGGGCUGCACCAUUAGGAUUAAACGUGUGCCAAGUGGAGAUUCCUGCUGCUACUACAUAAGUAUUAUGAUUACUACUACUACAGAACUAUGGUUGGAGAUUAUGAUUUCCUAUUGAGGCCUCAGCAAGUCGGCUCUGGCUGGUUCAUGGACUCUUGAAGGGGAGACGGCACACGAGGGAGGGGAUAAUGCAUACCCCUCCUGUGCUGAACUCAGAAGCCGCCAUGAGCAACGUUACUGUCCUCGACACCUCGGAACCCUCUGACCUUGAUAUGACCCAGUCUGCUGCCCCCUACCCCGUCAGCUUCCAGGUGUCGCUGACAGGGUUCCUGCUGCUAGAGAUCGUAUUGGGCCUAAGCAGUAACCUGACAGUGCUGGUCCUCUACUGCAUGAAGCAGAACCUCAUCACCUCCGUGUCCAACAUCGUCACCAUGAAUCUCCACGUCCUAGACGUACUAGUGAGUGUGUGUGUGUCUUGCAUCCCUCUGACUGCCGUGGUAAUACUCCUCCCCCUAGAGGCUGAUACAGCGCUGGUCUGCUGCUUCCACGAGGCCUGUGUCUCCUUCGCUAGCGUAGCCACUGCCUCGAACGUGCUAGCCAUCACCGUCGACCGCUACGACAUCUCAGUGCGUCCAGCCAACCGCAUGCUAACCAUGGGCCGCGCCGUGGCUCUGCUGGGCUUCAUUUGGGCUAUGUCCUUCUUCAGUUUCCUGGUCCCCUUCAUGGAGGUGGGCUUCUUCAGCGAUUUUGGCUCCGAGUUCGUCAACCAGACUGCAGUUGCCUCUGUGGUCCAUACGAACGAGUACUACACAGAGCUGGGGCUGUACUACCACCUCUUGGCUCAGAUCCCCAUCUUCUUCUUCACAGCCGUAGUCAUGCUGGUGACCUACUACAAGAUACUCCAGGCCCUGAACAUCCGCAUCGGGACGCGCUUCCAACACAACCAGCCCAAGAAGAAGCCCCGCAAGAAGAACAUCUCCUUGACCACCGCAACGCAGGUGGAAUCUACAGAUGCGUCCCAGGGCAGCGGGGCGGUCAGAGGGGGCGGAAACCCACCUGCUGUCCUGUCCAUGCGGACCUCUGUCUCCGUCCUCAUGGCUCUGCGCAGGGCUGUUAAACGCCACCGGGAACGGCGGGAGAGGCAGAAACGCGUCUUCAGGAUGUCCCUACUCAUCAUCUCCACCUUCCUGCUCUGCUGGACGCCCAUCACAGUCCUCAACACGGUCAUCCUCAGCGCAGGGCCCUCAGACUUCACGGUCAAGUUGCGGUUGGGUUUCCUGGUCAUGGCCUACGGGACGACCAUCUUCCAUCCGCUGCUCUACGCCUUCACCAGGCAGAAGUUCCAGAAGGUGUUGAAGAGCAAGAUGAAGAGGGUGGUGUCCGUGGUGGAGGCUGAGCCCAUGCCCAACAACGUGGUCAUUCACAACUCCUGGAUCGACCCCAAGAGGAACAACAAGAAAGUCACCUUCGAGGAGACUGAGGUCAGGCAGAAGUGUCUAUCUUCCCAGGACCUGGAAUCAAACAACAUCGUCUGUCUUCCAUGAUAAGGCUAUAGUGCAUCGUGAAGAUUGGCGCGGCUUGGGGGCAGUUAAGUCGAAAGACAUACCUCUCAACAGAGGUGGCAGAGUGGGAUAACUUGGAAUAAGCUAUGUCCAUCUUCAGAGAAAGUGGAAUAAAGCCAUUGAAUAUCUGCAUGGCUAGAGGGAGUUGGUAGACAUGAGUCUGAGCCAAGGUCAAGACAGAAAAGCUUCGGUUCAGAAGAUGCAGAAUAAGACAAUGUGGAUUAUGAGGACGUGAAAUAAGAAUAAAAUGGAAUAAGCAACGGACACAUACAGGGUGACAAAACAUUAUCAGGAACCGACUCAUUUUAAAAAGAGAAACCACUUAUCCAAAGCAGUAAUGUAAAUGAAAGUGUUUCACCUGUAUAGUUACCCUAAAAGGGGAUAAUUUAUUACUAUUUAUUGGAAGAGGUUGAUGCGGUGUCAAGGACAAUUUAAACAAAGUACUGUACCUACUGCAUGGUGUUGUUAUAGCCCGUAACAUAAUUAUUGUGUAUAGUCAUGUACAGUGUAUAGAAUAAAUAUAUGUUUACAACACAAAAGGAAAGAUUCACCCAUUUUGAAUGUAAUAUCGUAUUGUGCAUCUCUGAGCUAUGAACAAUGAUGCAAAAUGCAUCAUACUGUAUUUCUGCCUGCUUGAAUAGCCUUUUAGCUCAGAUACACAUGAAAACAAAUGACCCCUGGAAUCGAUAGAACAUAGCUCAGAGAUAGACAAAUAUGAUAUAACAUUUAAAAUAGGUGACUUUUUCUUUUAAGCACUAAGUAUUUGUCCUUUUAUAAUAAAUAACGUGAAAAAAGUUUAGAGGCCAUUCUGUUGGGUAUUCUGGUUAAAGGGCCUUCUGUCACAUAUUCCCCACUUCACUAUGCUUUUGUAAACUUGGCCACUAAGGCACAGAUGACAUCAAGUCAGUGUAGCGCCACAAAUAUUUACAGGUGAAAUUCCACUUCCCCCUUUCCUGUCCUCUGAGAGUCUCUUUCCAUGUGCCUGUUAUAUGUGUGAUUUAGUGUAAGAUGGAGGGAUAGAAACAGAGGCAAGCAGCACUUUACAACUUUACAAGCGAGAGGCUGCAAUCUGAAUCACAAUCACAGCAUUACUAAGACAUGACCUUAUGAUUUCAACACAUAAUCAGCGCCUGCAGCCUAACCAUCCUGAGAUGACUCCAGCUGCUCUACCGGCCGUAACACAGCUGUUAUGCUACUUCUCUUAUUAUCUAGCCACAGGCCGGGGUGAAGAGAACAGCAUGGCUGCCAAAACUGAAGCCUGCUUCCUUUCAGAAUCACACUGAGGCGAACUGGCAAGUCAAUCUGUAUUUUCUGGUUGGAGUUGGAGGACAGAGUGAGCGAGUGACUGAGGACUCGGACCUACUGCAGUCCAUAGCGCUUAGCAAGGCUGGGGCAAGUGGGGGGGGGAUUCUGAAGUGGUCUAGUCACGGGCUAUGUGGUGUUGAUACGACACUCGCCACAACACUUGCCCUUGCCUCUCUCCCCUCUCUCCCACGCUUGAUGCCUUAUGAUUACCAAGGCUAGGACUGCUAGUUAGAUCAUAAAGGCUGACUGUGGCAGGCGAUGCAUCACAAUCACUCUCCCUCCCCGCCGCCAUCAUGACACGGGAAGGUCAUGGUGGUUUACCCUAUUCUGUGUCAGAGAUGCAGUCACGCACGCACACACACACACACAAUACCAAUGCACUGUACCUAGCAAUCUGUUCAGCUGAGAGAGGGCAUCUAGAUGCUAGGAAGGGGAGGGGAUGUGAGCGAGGGGAGAAAUGUCUGGACACUUAAAGAAUGACUCAUAUUCUGUAAUACAUUCCAGGUUAAAAACAUUUUGUCUAAACUGCUAUUCAAGAUGUCCUUGCAAUGUUUGUAUUGGGCAAGUGUGUGUAAAAUGUACAUCCCUCUCAUAUCUCUCGGCCGAUGAGAUAAUAGGGUACAUUUCCUUUGAGGAAUUAUUUUUUGACCUACAGUGUGUGGGGUGUGGUCAUAUGCCAUAUCAGUCAAGGCACCAUGUGAGGUCAGGAAGAGAACAGCGUAAAGGUCAGAGUAGAGGUCAGAGUGGCUCUAUGCUUUGGGUAUGGUAUGCAGCCAAGCUUUCUGUUUUAUAGAACCCUCAUCGAAUGGCCCUCGGAGUCUCCUAAAAAUCACUCUGUCUCCAUGAGCAUUUUAAGAGCUGGGGCACUUUGCUGGCUGUUUGCCAGCAAGCAGCACUAAAGACAGGUUGGCGAAGUUGAUUGAAGAUCCAUCUAACUGUUCAUUACAGGUUGGCUCGUUCCUCAGGCGCCAUUGCCAAAUGAACGCGAGAACCACUUGUCUACAUGAAGUAAAUGAGUAAUGCAUAGACAAACCAACACUUUACCACAAUCUUCACAACUUGACUGAUUGUCUAUGCCUACAUAGAGGAUGUGCACACUGCACAGGCUCACGAAAGUUAGAUUCCAGGCUACAUUUCAUUGGUCGAAAACAUCAAGCCUAUUCUUUAUAUAGGCCUCGGCUAUCGGUCUCUACAUGAGUAGAGUGCCGAGGAGGAUACAUUGAACCGCUAUCCUCUCUGAAGUAGCAGUAAUCUCGCCUGUCUAAGCGAUCAGUCUCACAGAACUCUGAGUCAUCAGACCGGAGUGGAGCAGAAUUCUAUUCUAGAAUGAAAUGAAGAAAGAUGAGCCUAGACAGAGGAUGUCAAAACCACCAAACAUUCUUCAGGAAAUAUAGACCUAUCAGCAUUGCCAGCUGGGGAGCCAAAUGGAAUUUACUGAUAAGAUUGGAACAGUUGGUUCAACCUCUCAUGAAUACUUCCUAGGGUGUUUGGUGACAUCAUCUUAAUCCUGUAUGUCAUCCCGGGCGCUACCUGGAAAACUACUCAGAGUAGGCCUAUCUGACUGAAAUAUCCGCCUCUGGUCCUCCGGACCACACCAUUUCCCACCCUCUUAGCUCACUUACUGCACACCAGGCCCCCCUCUCUCUCUUCCAUCUCUCACUCUCUCUCCUUACCUUUCCAUCUAUACAGUAUCUCUCUCCUCUGUUCCCUCUAACAACACUCAGCCCAGGGUCGCACGUGGCCGAUAAGAGGAGUGCUUUUGAUCCCGGAGGCCCUGCGUUUUCUAGUGUUCUGGAGUGUUCUGUGUGACAGGGUUGUUAUGUAAAAGGUUGUUGUGCAUUUGUUAUAUAUGACCAAAAAAGGUCUAGCUCAUAUGAGGAGAGGUGUUUUGUGGUGCUGGGCCUCUCAAUGGCUUAGCCAACUGCCAACUAUACUUUGUCAAUAAAUUGAACACAAUGAAUUGCA